AUGAUGGGCGAUGAAAGCGAUUCCAGCGGCGAUUGCUUCGUGGCACCGCGCCGACGCAACUUCAAUCCGAAGCCACAUCUGGUCAGAAUUGUCAAAUCCGACACUGCCGGCCAGGGAUGCGAAAUGAUGGGCGAUGAAAGCGAUUCCAGCGGCGAUUGUUUCGUGGCACCACGCCGACGCAACUUCAAUCCGAAGCCACAUCUGGUCAGAAUUGUCAAAUCAGACACUGGUAACCUUUAA